UGAAUUUAAGCCACAACGUCCCCUUCCUUUUCCCGCCCUUUCUCCUAGAUACAUUUUACGAACUAUUGCUCCCUACCUUACUUCUUUCUCACACGUCACAUAGCUGCUCGUUGCAGUCAAGACCCCUUUCAUAUCAAAGCUUUCAACCCUGUUACAGUCACUUCUUUAUCAUCGCCAUGAGAGUUCGAAGCUCACGCUUCCCCGACAGGAGACCGCUAUCAACACUUGCCGAUCCCAUCGCCCCGGGCAUGGACGACUCUCAAUUUGAUGCUAGACUCACGGACCCUCCUCUUGUCGCGAGGAACUCCAGCAUAAAGUCAUACACUACAUCUCGGGCAACGUACUCGAAAGUCCGGGUCUUCUACAGGAAGCAUCAGCAUGCCGACAACCUUCCCACCUCUCCUGCACCGAUUCCCCUUCUGGUCUUCAUCCACGGGCUCGGUGGUUCUGUUGCCCAUUUCAACGCUCUGCUUACGAGCCUCACCCCCAUCGCCUCAUGCUUGGCAGUAGACCUGCCAGGAUGCGGCAUCUCCGGGUUCGAGCCCCGAGACUGGCGUGCCUAUACCACCAACGCACUCGUCGAGCUGCUCGAAAAGGUCAUCGAGGACCACCGCGAUGCGUCAGCCGGGCAGGGAGUGGUUCUGAUCGGCCAUAGUAUGGGCGCCUCUCUCGCCGCUCUGCUCGCCAACCCGCGGCAACCGAAGACUGAACUUCACAAGCAUGUUCUCGGCCUGGUUGCCAUAUGUCCGACUACAGGAGAGCUGAUGGAAGCACGGGCACCCUGGUUCCGCGUAGCACUCUGCAUCCCGGGCUUCUUUUUCGACCUGUGGAGAGCCUUUGAUAGAAUUGGAGGUCUUGAGAGCCCCAGCGUACACCGGUUCGUUGGCAAGUGUGCUGACGCCGAAACGAAGCGGCUCCAGUACAUGUUCAACUGCCAGAGCAGGACGCCGGUCUUUCGCCGGAUGGCAUGGGGCGCGAUCCCGGCGCGUGGCAAGGGCGUGGCUCGUGAUGGGAUAGCAACGUUGCAGACAUGGGCGGGCCUAGAUAUCCCAGUGUUCGUGGUCGAUGUCGACAAGAUUGCCUCCACACUCGGGAAGAAGGAGGUCCCGCCCGAGCCCGAGAUGAACGGUGUUGCGGACAGCAGCGAUGACAGCGGAGAUGAUGCACACCAGACAGCGAGGAUUCCAGUGCUGCCUCGGCACCCAAAGAAAGUAGUGGUCAGCACCAAGCUCCCCAGCCCAGCAGGGCACGGCCUGCUGUACGCCCCGCCGACUGUGCCCGUCCUAGCAGGGCUCAUCUCGGACUUCCUGUCGACCAAUGUUACCGGCCGUCUCUCCCUCGGUUGGCAGCUGCAGUACCUCUGCAAGGACGGGAAGUGGGACGUCAAGAACAUCGAGAAGUGGCGGAACGUGGCCCCCGUGUCAGGGCCGAUCGGCGGCGUAUUCCGCGCAAUCAAGACGCUCCGCGAGGUGGACGAGGAACACUGUCCGCGGGUGUUCGUCGAGAAGUGGGGACGCGUGGUCAAGGAUGUCGUCGACAUCUCACACGACAACCCGGUCUACGACCCCCGCGGUCUUGAGCAGGGCGGCAUCCGCUACCACAAGUUCCCCACGCUAUCCAAAGUGCCGCCCAACGACGCCGAGAUUAGAGGCUUCAUCGACCUCGUUGACAAGAUUCGGACGGAACAAAAGGAGCGGGCCAGGGCUGAGGCGUGGGCCGACGGUUACGCAAUUGGCGUACAUUGCCACUACGGAUUCAACCGGACUGGGUUCCUGAUUGCGUGCUACCUCGUCGAGCGAUGCGGGUUCACCGCGAAGGAAGCGAUUGACGCGUUUGCUAAGGCCAGGCCGAAUGGAAUCAGGCAUGAGCAUUUCAGGGACCGGCUCCAUGUCCGGUAUUCGGGUUCCCCGAGGUCGGAGCGGACACCGCUCCUCGCGGACGACCCGAACAACCCCGAUGACUCGACCCGUCGCACCGAAGAAGAUGGUGCCUCCUCCCGCCGCACCGGUCGGCGCGAGGUCUUCCUCUUCGUCUGGGCUCUGCUGGCGACGGCAGGCGUGAUCGUCCUGGGCGUCGUGCUCCAACACCGCACUUCCACCUCGGCCUCUCCGCCGUCCGUCAUCGCACCAGGCGACCCCUCCGCCGGCGGACCGUACACUCUUCCGCCAAACACCAAUACCCAAAAGAAGAAAAACCCAACCAAGCGCAACCUCAUCUUCAUGGUCUCCGACGGGAUGGGGCCCGCCUCGCUCUCGUUGACGCGCUCCUUCCGGCAAUUCACCUCGGACCUGCCCAUCGACGACGUGCUCACGCUGGACGCCCACUUCUGGGGCACGUCGCGCACGCGCUCGUCCAACAGCCUGGUGACGGACUCGGCCGCGGGCGCGACGGCCUUCUCGUGCGGCAGGAAGAGCUACAACGGCGCCAUCGGCAUGCUGCCGGGCUACCGGCCGUGCGGCACCAUGGACGAGAUUGCGCUGCACGAGGUCGGGGAGGGACCCCUGGGCCGGAGCGUGGAUCUGAUUCUCGGAGGCGGCAGGUGCCAUUUCCUUGCGAACGGCACCGAGGGGAGUUGUAGGGCGGACGAUGUGGAUGUAGUGGGGAUUGCGCGGGAGAAGCAUGGGUGGGAGUACAAGGGCGAUCGGAAGGGGUUUGAUGAGCUGCAGUUGGGGACGAACGUGAGCUUGCCGUUGCUGGGCCUGUUCGCGGCCACGGAUGUGCCGUUCGAGAUCGAUCGGAGGCAUAUGGCCGACGUUUACCCCAGUUUGAGCGAGAUGGCCAGGACGGCGCUGGCGGCGCUGGACCAAGCGACGAAGGACAGCGACAAGGGGUUCUUCCUCAUGAUUGAGGGCAGCCGGAUCGAUCAUGCAGGUCACAUCAACGACCCUGCUGCGCAGGUCAGGGAGGUGCUCGAGUACGAUAAGACCUUCAAGAUUGUGCUCGACUUCCUGGAGAACUCUGACACCGAGGGUGUCUUGAUGGCAACGAGUGACCACGAGACGGGCGGCCUAUCCACGGCCUGGCAAGCACCCGGCCAACUCCCCGUCUACGACUGGUACCCAGCCGUCCUCGCCAAAGCCAACGCUUCGGCCGAGCACUGCGCUCUCCUUCUUCAGCAGCACAUCAGCUCCGCGCCUCCGGAAUCCCAGCAAUCCUUGAUCAACUGGAUCAACGAAGAGCUCGUCAUCCGCCGCCUCGGCAUCACCGAUGCGGUCCAGGCCGAGCUCGGCGCGCUCGCUACCAACCCAGAAUCCGCCACUGUCAUCUUUUCGCGCAUGGUCAGCGUCCGCGCCCACAUCGGCUGGAGCACACACGGCCACAGUGCUGUGGAUGUGAAUAUCUACAGCUCUGGCGGCGCAUCGGCCGAGAAGAUACGGGGCAAUGUGGAGAACACGGAUGUAGGGAAGUUCUUGAGUGAAUAUCUGGAGGUCGAUGUCGAUGAGAUCACGAGAGAAUUGGAGGACAAGAUGCAGGCCGGGCAGACGGCUGAGAAGCACCCAAAUUCCCGGCUGUCGAAUCUCAGGCUAUAA